AUGCAUGCAGGAGGUUCUUGUGGUUAUGGUAGUGCUGUGUCUCAGCGUCCUUUCUCUUCUUUUGUCACUGCAAUUGGCGCAAAUCUUUAUAAUUCCGGCAAAUCCAAUAUGCACGGGAAACAAAUAGUGUUCCAUGCGGAACAAAGGUUAAAUCCAAACUACUUUGCGGUGGUGGUUGAGUUUGAAGAGGGAGAUGGAGAUCUCGGAGCAGUUGAUCUGAAGGAGGGUUCGGGGUCAGGUGAAUGCAGGAGCAUGACACAAUCAUGGGGAGCGGUUUGGAAGUUGUCGAUUAAAUUGACAUCAAAGUAUGCGGGGAAGACGCCGGCGGCGGAAAAUAUGAUACCUCAAGGAUGGAAGGCGGCAGCUAGUUACAGAUCGGUGGUUGAGUUUGAGUUUUGAGAUCAAAUAAUUUUAAAUAGGUUUAGUGUGUUAAGUUAGAAUUGAGCACCCGCAAUUAUGGAGA